GCGGGUGACGGGGCGCGCGGGCGGGGAGCCGGGCCCUGCAGGGGCAGAAGCAUGACCCUGCGGGUCCGGGAGGGCGUGCGGGGAGGGGUCGUGGCUGCUUCCCUACGAGAGUCGCCGGACGUCGCCUGCUUUGGUCCGGGGGCCGCCGGGGCGCUGCGAGCGGAGACGCCGCCGGUGGCGGCGCCUUCGGGAAGACGCGACGACGACUAGCCGGAACAGAACAGGCGCUGGGUCCACGUCCCGACGGGCGUCAAGCGCCACCGCCGGCAUGGACAGCGCAGAGCCGCGUUCCGCCUGCGUCUAAGGCGACGAUGUCCUUUCCUUCGAGACACCGGGUACCUCUCCUCGAGCCCAGCAGUCCAGGCCGUGGCGUCAGAACCGCGCUCCCAAGGCCCGGUGCCCGGUCCCUGUCAACCCCCAGCGGUGCGAGGAGCGUGGCCAGGCGCCGCCCUGCCCCGCGCGCGGCCUCCGGGAUGGCUCUCCGCGUCCGCACAAUGCUCGGGGCGCCGCGGGUUCCCUGGCAGCACAGCCCUCCCGAGCACUUUCCUGCGAAUGGUCCGGAUCUCUCGUUUCUACCAUUAAGUUAAACGAGGUCCCCUCAAGCCCAAAAGCUGGAAAAUGUAUCUGAUGAGUUAAUUUAGUGCCAGCCGUCGGCAGCUGUCCGCCCGCCAGGGCCGUGCCAGCGGGGAGCGCAGGAGCCCGCGGGAGCGCAGGGGCAUGAGUGGCCGCGUGCCGCUGGCAGAGAAAGCCUUGUCCGAAGGCUAUGCCCGCCUCCGCUACAGGGACACCUCUCUGCUCAUCUGGCAGCAGCAGCAGCAGAAGUUGGCGUCCGUGCCGCCUGGGACGUACCUGAGCAGGAGCCGAAGCAUGUGGUACUCCCAGUAUGGAAACGAGGCCAUCCUAGUCCGGGACAAGCACAAGCUGGAGGUCUCCCGGGACACAGGCCAGUCCAAGUUCUGCACAGUCAUGUGAUUCCAGUGUGGGAACCUGAGCCCAGGUGCCAGUGCCGAGGAAAACAGGCCUGUGUUUCACGCAGGUGUUGAUUUCUAAUCCUCACUGGAAGAUUCUGAAUAAGGAACAUGAAGAUCCAACUGUGGUGUAAAAACCCAUGCCCUUCAGCACACAGCGGUGUGACAGGACGCUUUCCUUCUGCAGUCCCUCGUGGUCAGUUGUGGUGACAUUUGAAUCCUCCAGGCGCUGCCAGAUGUUUCUCUGUUAUGCUUCCAAGCAAGCAAGAGCAACCCCUCCGUUCCCGUGACAACCCACCUUUUCAAGUUUUUGUAGGCUGUGUUCAGUAUUCACUUCUGCCCGGUACAGAAGGGGUCAGGUCUGAGGAAGAUGAGGGACGUCCAUUGGUCUCAGAUCCAUUUGCUCGGCCAAGAUGGAAGCCGACUGUGCCGCGGUCAGCGCGGACAGUGAGCAGCAGCCGCCCAGGGGAGCUUUGCUGCACUUGCAUUUUGAGUCACCAAAAUGGCUGUUCUGUGUGACACACACACAUAGCUUCCAGACACUUGAGUCGCACCAGCAAGUGCACCCAGGACGCACUGAGGAAACCCAAAAGCUUGAAGUCCCACACGCGCUACCUGCAGUGAUUUCAAAUGUAGUGAUAUGGCUCGCAUGGCAGGUUCCGCUGGACAUUGUAUUUUAGCCUCUGGGGCCACAGCUUACACCGCUGACGGUUUGACAUGUCUGUCACUGCUGCCCACGUGCAGCCAGUGCCCACCCGUGUGCACUGUUUUCAUGAGCCGUUUUGAAAAGAUCUCCCCUCUGCUGUGAUUAAAGUCUGCCUGGCUAUGCAAA